AUUCGGAUAAAAAGACAAGGUAACGAAUGUAUCCAACUUCACUCAUAUAAACAAGUUUUUUCACGUCAUUCUUUUCGUGUCAAAAUUUCAUGAGCCAAAAUUUGCUGCCUAAAGUCAAAAUUUCUAAUUAUGGCGGAAUUAAUUGAAUGCAAAAAAUCAUUUCUUUUGCACAUUAACGGAUAUUUGUACUACAAACACUCAGGUAGAAUAGGAGAAACUGCGUAUUGGAAUUGCCGAAGAAAACCUGAGUGUAAUGCUAGAGUGACAACAUACGGAGGACCACACAAUAUCAGAGUUCUGAAGGGACUUGAUGAAUCGAAACACAUCCUUCAUGCACCAAACCCCGAAGAAGUCGAAGCGUUAAGAGUCAUGAAUAGGAUCAAACGUAAAGCUACAGAAAAUCCUGAAGCUCCUCCAGCUCAAAUAUUACGAACUGAAUUGCGAAACGUUUCACCAGCGGUAUUAGCGGAAAUGCCAAACAGAAUUAAUUCCCGAAAAAGUCUUAGUCGUGAAAGAUUAAAAGAUUUUCCCUCGAACCCGCGAACGCUGAGAGAAUUGCAGGAUAUUCCAGGCUUUUAUCAAAAUUCAUUGAAUGGAGAUAAAUUUCUAAUUUACGACUCCUAUGAAAAUGACGAAGACUCAGAAUUUGGGAGAAUACUCGUGUUCGCGACGCCUGAAAAUUUAAGGCAAUUAUUCAGGAGCAUAUUGUGGUUUGCCGACGGAACAUUUAAAACUGCGCCAAGUAUAUUUUUCCAAGUUUUCGCAAUUCUCGGAGCAGUUACACAACCGGAUUCAAGAGGAAAACCACAAACUAUUGGUUUACCUUUUGUCUACGCAUUAUUAGAAAACAAAGAGCAGAAAGUAUACGAAAAAGUAUUCUCGGUUGUUUUGCAAGAGGCAGAACGUCUAGGUAUCGAUAUUUCUCUUCCGAUUAAAGUGAUGACAGAUUUUGAGUUGCCUAUCAUCAAUGCUGUAAAAAUCGUAAUGGGCGAAGACAAGGCACGCUGCUGUUUUUCCACCUCUGUCAAAACAUGUACCGCCAUAUCCAAAGUGAAGGACUUCAGAAAAUGUAUUGCGAUCCUGAAGAUCGAUCGGUCAAAGUAG